AUGCUGCUAUACGUGCCCAACGGCCCGCCCGUGGAACUGGACUUGACACCAACCCGUGCCGCCGCCGCCCCGGAGCGAGUAGACGACCCAACUUUCACAGACGGCGACUUUACCUUAAUCUCGGCCGAUAACGUCGUUUUCAAGACACACUCGUACUCGCUCCUUGGUUGCAGUUCCGUCUUUCGCGAUGCCGCCGCAAUGUGCAACGAGGAACGGACGAUAACGUUUGUCGACGACGAGAUUGAAACUGCGACUGUCCUCCGAGCGUUCCUGGGCCUCAUCAAUGACGGAAAGUUGCCUCCCGAGAACGGGUUCCUCCACGUGGUUCACCUCCUCAACUUUUGCAAAAAGUACGAGUGCCACCUAGCGACCCGGUGCACGCUCUUCUCCCUCCGAGAGUGCCUCGUCCGAGGGGACCUGUCCUGUCAACGGGCGAUGGAAAUUGCCACGAGCGUCGACGACUUGGGCACUUGUGUCGGAGUCCUGCAACACUAUCACUUCCAGCAAGGCUCAGUUGCCGGUAUCGACCCCUUCUUGAUAUUGAGAAACGUCGAGAACGUGCCGUUGGAAUACCCGUGGGCCCUUGCGCGCGCCAUUGAAAACUUGAACCGGGGCAAAGACGACAAAAGGCCGCUCACGUACGGCUUCAUCAACUCGUUCAUUGGCGUGCCGCUCAGCGCCCAAGCCGAGAAGAUGAAGCGUCGUGACCUGUGGGAAGAGUUCAAAGUGCUAGUCGAGCACGCACAAGGCCGAAGGUCGAAAUGGAAGGAGCCAACCUUCCCAGACGAACCUCAGAAGAAUUCAACAUGGGUUCGCGGCGACCUCACACUCGUGUCCUCCGACAGUGUCGUCUUUCGUAUCCCACCGCACCUUGUUACUGCCUCAUCAUCCGUGUUGCGGGCCAAGGUCGAGAAUGGCGAGACCCACAUCCAAUUCACCGACUCGGAGUGCGCCACGGUCAUCGAGCUCUAUCUCGAUCUCAUCUCCACUGGGGUCCUCAACCCAGCAACGGACGUCUCCCAGCAGCCUAUUUUCGACGAAAUACCGACUCUGUGCAACCUGGCCUUGUUUUUGCACAAGUACGACUGUGCCAAGGCUCUCGAGACGCUCGUUCUUUACGCUCUGCAGCAAUGCCGCUUACACGGGACCUCGAACCCGCGUCUGGUCUUUGAGAUGUUUGUCGUCGCCGCCAUCGCCGGCAACCAUGCGGCGGCGGUGCAGAUCGUGGGUAUGGGCGAGUCAAAGGACCGCAAGGGGUCCGGCUCUGGCUCCACGAGCUACCUGAGCAAGUGCGGCGAGUGGUCGUCAGAGCACGUCGGCGAGCACGAGGUCAACAUGCCACUGCUGGGCGGCGACAUCUUCAGCCCAUCCACCUGGUCGUUCAAGCAAUGGUGCAUGGUGCCCAAGACGUACAUUGCAUCACUGGAGAGGACCAACCGACACCCUCACGGUACUUUUGCCGAACGGUUCCAGGCUGUGCUGUUGGCCAUGAUCGCGACGCCACAGCAUUACACGACCGUAUCCCGUCCGUAG